GAGCAAUAAAGUUGCCUUUGUUAGACGGCAACAUGGCGGCGCACACGCUAGGAUCUCGGAUGCGUACUGAAGAUGUUUCGCUGGGCACCGGGGAGAAUACGGACUUCAAAUCGCUGCUUUUAUCCCGUCCUGUGCUGGAUGGAUUGGAAGCAGCGGGUUUCAGCAAGCCGUCCCCGAUCCAGAGCAAAGCCAUUCCGUUAGGGAGAUGUGGCCUGGAUCUCAUAGUCCAAGCCAAGUCUGGUACAGGAAAAACAUGUGUUUUCUCUACAGUUGCACUGGAUUCAUUGAUUCUGGAAAAUACUUCAGCUCAGGUCCUAGUAUUGGCCCCCACCAGAGAAAUUGCUGUUCAGAUCCAUUCAGUCAUAUUAUCCAUAGGCUGUCGCAUGGAGGGGCUAGAAUGUCAUGUUUUCAUAGGAGGGACACCACUGCCACAGGACAAACUUAGGCUCAAGAAGUGCCACAUAGCUGUUGGCUCUCCAGGUCGAAUAAAGCAGUUGAUAGACAUUGCUUACCUUAACACGUCCAGUAUUCGUCUUUUUAUCCUUGAUGAAGCUGAUAAACUUUUGGAAGAAGGAAGUUUUCAGGAGCAAAUAAACUGGAUUUAUUCCUCUCUUCCUGCCAACAAACAAAUGCUAGCUGUUUCAGCCACUUACCCGGAAUCUUUAGCAAAAGCUCUGACAAAAUAUAUGAGAGAGCCAACUUUUGUGAGGUUGAAUGUAACAGAUCCCAGUCUCCUUGGUUUGAAGCAGUUUUAUAAAGUUGUUAACUCACACCCGCUGCCACAUAAGGUUUUUGAAGAAAAGGUACAGCAUUUGCGAGAGUUGUUUAACAGAAUUUCUUUCAAUCAAGCCUUGGUAUUCUCAAAUCUCCAUAGCAGGGCUCAGCACUUGGCUGACAUUCUUACAGCCAAAGGCUUCCCAGCUGUAUGCAUAUCUGGUAGUAUGAAUCAAAACCAAAGGCUGGAUGCGGUGGCCAAACUCAAGCAGUUCCACUGUCGGGUCCUAAUUUCUACUGAUUUAACUUCACGUGGGAUUGAUGCAGAGAGAGUGAAUCUGGUUAUAAAUUUGGAUGUUCCAGAAGACUGGGAGACCUAUAUGCAUCGCAUUGGCAGAGCUGGACGGUUUGGUACUCAUGGCCUCUCCAUAACUUUCUGUUGUCGUGGUGAAGAGGAGAACAAGAUGAUGGGAAUUGCAAUGAAAUGCAGUCUUAAGCUUCUUCCCUUACCAGAUCCAAUCCCAGAUGGUUUAAUGGAAGAGGCUUGUAACUGGGAUAUUGAAGUUACAACAGUGAAGACAAUGCCAUCAUCCUUCUCUUCUGAUAACCAAGGGGAUUGUAAAAUGGAGGUACUUAGCAGCAAGCUAGUGCCAGAAACUUCUCAAAAUAAAAAGGCCACCAAAACACAAUCUAAGACAAAAAAGACCUCAAUGAAACUUAAUCCUGAGAAGGAAGGUAAGAAAGGGGAGACCACUGUAAAUUGUGAUGGAAUCCUUAAACCACCUAAAGAUGCGGGCAAACCAAAGAUGCCAGUGGGAAAUAUUGAAAUCAACAGUGAAAAUCUAGCAGAGUUACAGAACUCUCUACCUAAAAUACCAAGCUUGGCUUCCUUUAAGCGUUCGGUAGCUUGUACAUCAUCAUUUGCAGAGCUAGUUGAAGACUACGAACAAUUUAUCAAAGAAGGUUUGGAAAAACAUGUGGAAAUAGUGCAUGUGUAUAGUGGCCCUGAUGACAAAAAUGAAAAGAAAUUGGAAAAACCAGAGCAGGAAAGAACUGACGAUGGGGGCACUUCAGAGGCAAUGAGUAUUUCUGAAAAGUGUGACUUCACUGAGAGUUCUGCUAGUGAGAGUGGUAGAAGUGCAUCCUGCUCUUCUUCAGGCAGUGAGGAAAGCAAUGAAGAGUCUGAUAUUCCGAAUCCAAAGAGUGCCAUUGAACAUCCUAACUCUUAUCCAGAAGUUUUAAGGGAAAGGACAAUAGAAUCUACUGUUUGUGAACUCAACACAGAUAAUAUUUCUGACUCAUUAAAGGAGGGAAAUACGAUGCAAGCUCACAGAUAUAAAGGAGAAAUGUCAUCUGUGAGCAAUACCAAAUCUAGAAGACGGAGUAAGUACACAACGCAUAUGUCCAGACGUGAACUCUGUUCAGAAAGACCAGAUGACUUAUACCAGUUGGAAUAUAGAAACCCCGGUAGAUUCCCAUAUGGCUCCAUGAGCUAUGCUGACUACUGGAGAUCCUAUUAUCAAGCAUGGCAAACCUACCAUUCUGCUGUAUCAAAUUCUUACUAUCGUAAUCUGUACAAGCGGUCAAGCUGGAUGUCUGCAUACCACAUGCAAUCUGUGUACCUCCAUGAAAUGCUAAAACCUUGACAUGAUCAAACAAUAAGGCAGUGGUUUAUGGUUUACACUGCAGGAAAAUAUUCUACUUUGCCUUAAACUACCAUUAGUAAUCAUGCAUUUACAACUGCUGACCAUACUGGUGCUCAGUAUAUAGAAAUUAUGGAAUUGGUUUUGACAAUGUAUUUGAACCAGCUUGAAAAUUUUUUUUUUUUUUUUUUAAUUUAAAGUUUGCAUGAAAUACCUUCUGUCCCUUUAAGUAUUUAACUGUUUCAGUCAGAAACUGUAUUUGGAGUGUUUAAUCUCGGUAUCUGACUAAUCACCUGCUCCUUUUUCACAGUGUAAUGCAUUCCAGAUUACUCAUAUUACUUAUUAAAAGUAUAAGAAAAUAAA